AUGAACAGAUUUGCCGUGCCACUUUUUAUUGCUUGGGUACUUUUAGCGCUUUUUAUUGUCCCCUUCAGCGCCUUCUCUGCUCAUGCUGAGAAGUCCAUGAACAUUGCUGGAAGCGUUUCGGUGCCAGAAAAAGUCAGUCAGUACAUUGAUGUGCAAGUGAUAGAUGGAUCCAAUGGGGCCGUCUUUCGCUAUCAGCCGUUGGAUGCCACGCGCAGUUUUGCUUUCACCGGCCUUCCACUGACGGCCACGGAGGUUCGCCUUUUUCUGCGACUACCAGAACGCAAGUUUCGUCUAGACUCUGCCGCAUCUUCCCUCUCGGCCCGCAUCCCACAUGCCGCUAGCAACGCUGAUGUUGCGUGGCUGCACUUGACUGCAGCAGUGGAGGAGGUUAGCAGUGCCGCGCCAAAGGGGCAACUGCAGGGAGGGAGUGUGCUGACUGCCGCCAUCACGGUGAUAGGAUUGGCCAUGGUGGCUUUGGGGCGACACCGGCUGCUGUCGCUGCUUCAACUGCCAAGCGUAAAGGUUCCGAAGGCGCGCAAAGUGAUUGUGACGUCAGGCAGGUAA